AUGCAUCGACGACUCGUUUCAUUUCCAGCAGAAGUCCUCGUGCUCAUCAGCAAGGAUCUCGAGCAGAGUGAUCUGGCCAGUUGCGUCCUCGUCAGCAGGGCAUGGAACGAGGCCUUCAUUCCAGCACUCUCCCGCCAUAUCCGCGUUAGUCAAUCUGGCUACCUUGCAUUUACAUCCCCAGAGACUCUUUGCCAAACAGCCAACAACGCAAGACAUAUUCAUUCGAUAGAGGCUUCACAUCCUACGUUUGCUCGGCUGUUGCUCGAGGCUGUAGUGGCGGCUGCUGACCGUCCUGAGCCUUGGUUUCCGAACUUGAAAUCCGUGUCGAUCGCGUUCUGUCAUGAUAUUCACCGCUCCCACAGAUCUACAGUGCCUCAACCUCGAUUCCUCUACGCAAGCGAUUCGGAGGAUCUGUCGGAUGACGAUGAUGAGGACUCGUGCAAAGGAAAUGACUGCGACAACGACGCGUCCGUGUCAGAAGAUCCAGCCAUGGGUAUAUACAGUGCUCUCUUCUCUCCCCGCAACCGCGUCCGUGACAUUGCAUACCUGACUCAGGAUCCGUAUGGUGUCAUCCAAUUACUCCGUCAAUGCCCUGGUCUCUGUAAACUCAAGAUCCAAGUCAGAGCGCUUGGCAAUAUGGGCGGACUCAAUCAUCUCCUCUGGCCAGGCAUCCUUCCACAAUCCUUGGUGCGGCUCGAGAUCAUUGUUCCCAAUCACUGGAAUGAAGAGUCAUACGAUAACUCGGAGGACGAAGACUAUGACCCGAAUCUGAACCCAGCACGCGAUGUUGAGGAAGAGUAUGAGGAAGAGGACGAAGAAGAGGACGACUCGAAUGAUGGUUCGGACGAUGGUUACGAUGAAGACGAGGUCGUGCGCUGGUACCACGCUAGACUGCAGAGGCCGGAGCUGCCAAACUUCUGGGGCUGGGGCAGUACGUUUCCUCGUUAUUUUAACGACGUCCCGCGGCAGCCGCUUCUCAAUCUACGGGAGCUUGUGAUCACCAAUGCGGAGGAGGUUCGGAGCCUGGUUUGGUUCUUCAUUGAGGACCGUUGCCCUCAUCUGCGGUCAAUCCAUCUGAUUGAGCCCUCGGGCCACUUUUGCGAGUUUUUCGCUCAUAGACACGAGCGAGUGGCUCGUGAAUUGAUGGAGCUUAGAAUCGAACUCAAGGAGGACCCGGAUUGCUUUAGUGAGGAGUACAUGUGCUGCGUUCUGAAUGGCGCCAGCUGGAGGACGAUCGUGCUCAGAGGAUUUUAUCAUUUUAAUAGUACAUGCAUGGAAACGCUUCUAGAGAAGGCCGCGACUGUCGAGGUGUUGGAUCUGGGCAUCCAUGCAGGAGCCCUGAGGAGCGAGGAGAUUCAGCAGUUCCUCAUGAUCGCACCUCGGUUGAGAAUCCUUUCAGGUGAAGGAUUGUACUUCCUGGCCCGGUUUGCAGUCCAGCAGCCAUGGGCGUGCGUCGAGACGCUCGAGAUGUUCCGAUGCCAGAUCCUCUUGGAGGCACCACUGAUCGAUAGCUCGAUCGAACCCAUACGAUUAGCGAAUCCGGAUGAGGCAGAACAGGAAGAUGUUGCCGUCCCGAGCCCUGAGGAGCUGCAGCGACGAGUGAUGGAGCAACUGGGACGGUGCUAUCAGCUUCAGGAGCUGGACCUUUCGCAUUGGACACCGGACAACUAUGAGAUCCGAGGCCCGUAUGGACUGGUACGAUCGACUCCUGGCAUAAUGGCGAUGACGCAUAACGACUAUGUCUCUGUGAACGCGAACGUGCGGCUUCCUUGGACCAUGAAGUGUCAGAGCCAAUGCCUCAAGUUUACGUUCGAGACUGGGUUACAGGAGCUGGAAGGGUUGAAGAAGCUGCGCAAGGUGAAUUUGACAGGAUUGAGGCAUCGGAUCUCGGUGGAUGAGCUCAAGUGGAUGAGAGAGGCGUGGCCCCAGCUGGAGCAGUUUGAAGGGUUGAUUUCUGACGGCGAGAAGAAGGACGAUGAUGAUGAGGGAGGGGAGGAUCGAGAGGAUAGGAGAAUACGUGAGGAAGGGAUGCGACGCUGGUUGGAGGGAGGCGAGGCCGUUGAGGGCGAUCGCACGUUCUGGAGAACAUCGGGGCUUGAGACUUGA